AUGCCCGGCGGCCGAAAGCUUCCGGCCCCGUUCGCCGGUUUCUCCCCCUUUGCUCGCUCCCUCAUCUUCUCCGCCGCCGCCUCAAGCUGUCCAAAACCGUUUCCUCUCCCCGACGCUUCCACCUCCGCCGCCGACGCUGACGCCGAAACCCCUCGCCAAGACGACAUGCCGCGGCCACCGUCCAAGCGCGCGAAGCGGACCGAGCCCUCCAGCGACGAAGUGGAGGACCACGGCAGCAGCGGAAGCGAAGAGGAGAGCUUCAGCACCAGCGGCAGCGACAGCGACAGCGACGACGGCGAGGAGUCUUCGGAGGAGCUCGAGACGGUGCAAGCGGACUUCGCCUUCUUCGACCCAAAGCCGAGCGACUUCCACGGCGUCAGGCUGCUGCUCAAGACGUACCUCGACUCCAAGCCCUGGGACCUCACCGGCUUCGUUGACCUUAUCCUGGCACAGACGACAGUAGGCACGGUCGUCAAGUUGGCUGAUGACGACGACGAGGAAGGGGAAGGAAACGGUGCUGAGAAGGCCAAUUCCAGUAACAACACUGACGAUGAUGAUCUAUUUGGUCUCAUUAGCGUGCUCAAUUUGGGACGAUACGCUGAGCAAAAAUGCAUUAAGGAUCUUAAGGAGUAUCUGCUUGCUGUCUGUGCCGACAAGGGUACUAAUAAGCAGCUCAGGUAUCUGCUUGAAGAGAGAGCGUCAAGUGUGGGCCUGCUGGUGUGCCGCCGCUUUGUGAAUUUCCCUUAUGAACUCGUGCCUAAGCUGUAUGACGCGCUCUUUGACGAGGUCUCCUGGGCAACAGAAGAUGAGCCAACAAAAGAACUCCGGGGCUCCUUCCGGUUCAAGCACUACCUGUUGGUCGUCAGAAUGCUCGAGAGGAAAACCCCUGCAAAACAUAAAUCAAAGAAGAGCAAAGAUGAUGACGAACCUGUUAUCUAUCCGAAGUUAGAGGAUGAAAUUUUACACGAGCUUAGCUCAUGGUCUUUCACUUUUCCAAUACGUUCUGAGCAGGCAGCUCAACAGGAGAUGAAAAAUUACAAAGAGAUGGGCUUAGUGAUGGCAAUUAAAGCUGAUGCAGUUCCAAAGUUUCGAAAGAAGUUGGAAGAUUUGGUGUCCGAAUAA